AUGGCAUACUUUGACGUGUGGAAGACCGACCACCUGCGACCCAAGGUCGGCCCAGACGUCCGUGUUGAGCGCAUUGCGAUCCCGUCGCGCGAUCCCGGCCGCACCAUCACGGCGUAUUUGUACAUACCCGUGGAUAUCGAUCUGAAGCACAAGCAGCCCGUGCAUGUUAAUGUACAUGGCUCAGGAUUUACUAUCAAAGCAUUUUUUGGCAAUUCACGCUACUUUUGCUAUCUGCUGGCCUCGCGGCUCAAAUGCAUCGUAAUCGAUACUGAUUACCGCAAAGCGCCCGAGUACCCUUUCCCCUUUCCGAUCCGAGAUGUGGAAGACUGCUUCGCUUGGGUAUUUGCACAGCCUCAGCGGUUUGACACGACCCGCGUCACGACGAGCGGAUUUAGUGCUGGGGGCAAUCUCACCAUGUCAGCCGCGAGCGAACUGGGUCCCGAGAAGAUCAAGGCGAUCAUUACCUUCUACCCUCCAUUUGAUGCCACCACGCCUGGCGCCUUCCGUGGUCUGCGAGCGACCCCCGAGAAAGAGUUCCGGAGCGGCGUACACUUAAUUUCCUGGGUGUUUUCAACCUUUUUCUUCUCCUACAUUUCCCCGCGGGCGUCCCGCGCCGAUCCGAGGAUUAGUGUCGCAAAGCUGCCCUUGACAUGCUGGCCGAAUCAUAUGUUAAUCGUGUGCGGCCGUGCCGAUGUCAUGUUUCUCGACUCGCAGGAUUUUUACAACAAGAUACAAGCGGAGGGCUCUGCCGAGCAGCGACUCUGCUCGCGCUUUAUUGGCGUUCCUGGCGAAGCGCAUGCGUUUGACGAGCAGCCCAACUGUCCCGAAUCGAUCAAGUGGCGCGACACCACGUACGAAGCCGCUAUCGAGACGAUCCGUGCUGCAUGGACGCAGGAACUUGGUCCCAAAGCCGUUGCAGAAGCCCGCGAAUAA